AUGGUGCAUUUGAAGGAUCUUCAAGAUGAUCAAAAGAUGGCUGUCGUGCACUUUCUUCUUCAAAACUCCAAGGAUGGCAAACCGGCAUAUGGCAAGAUGAAGGAAGCCGGCACCAAAUUCAACCUUGGGCGGCGCACAGUCACUCGCUUGUGGGCUGAAGCCAAAAAACAAAAGCAACAAGGUCAAGUGAUCAACUUAAACACAAAGAGAAGAUUCACACCACGAAUAACGAAGAGAAUCCAGAUCGAUGUAGCACAAAUACAAGCAUUGGAACUUUGUAGAAGAGGCACAAUUCGAAGGUUAGCAAGAGGCAUACAAAUUAGCAAGAGCAUAGUGGGCAGAUGGGUUCAUUUAGGGCUAAUCAGAGCGCAUACAAGUGCCUUAAAGCCUGAUCUGACAGCCCCUAAUAAGUUGCUCAGGUUAAGGUUUUCUCUACAAGCCAUUGAGUAUGAUAGGAUUGCUAAUGUACUGAAAUUUAAGACAAUGCAUAACGUAGUUCACGUAGAUGAGAAAUGGUUCUACAUGACAAAGGAUUCACAUCGUUUUUAUCUCACACAAGAGGAGAUUGAACCACACAGGAGCUGUAAAAGCAAAAAUCACAUCAUCAAGGUGAUGUUCAUGUGUGCGGUAUGCAGGCCUAUAUUUGAUGAUGAUGGUAAUUGCAUUUUUGAUGGGAAAAUAGGUAUUUUGAACAAGGUAUUCUUAUCACUACAAGGGUGUAUGAUAGAAACAAUGAAAAUCAAAGGCCACAAUGCAUAUAAAUUGCCACAUAUGAAGAAGGAUGCUCUCAUUAGACAGAAUGCCCUUCCAAUCACAUUGGAAGUUGACAAGAAUCUAGUUGAUGAGUGUAUAAAUCACAUGAUACAGUCAGGGGAAGAAGCAACCAUGCAAGACUUAAAGGCACAACUUGGAUAUGAAGAUCAGCUUCAAGGCACAACAAUUUGA